AUGUCUUAUCCAAUGAUAGCAGCAAUUAGUAUUAAUAAUGAAUUUUUUGUAAUCUCCUUAUUAUUAUUCAAUGCUAUUCGAGCACAACUUGUUAAUGAAGAUUGUUUAACGUCCACAUUAUUAUCAUGUUUUGUUAAUGCACGACUUGAUAAUGAUGAAGUUUAUCUUUUAUUAAAUCGUCCUUGUGAACUUCAUUUACCAAUCGAAGUGUUGAUUUCCCCUAGUACUAGAAACAACAACAACAAAAAAAAAAAAUCACAGAAUGUUUAUAUGUUGUAUCGAAGAAAUUCUAAUAAAUCUUUUAAGGAGCGAAAGGACCAAGGAAAGGUUUCGGGUAUAACUGGAAAAUCUUGGGGUGAGGAAUCGUGCGAAGUAAAAAAAUACUUUGGAAUAUUAGCGAAACUGGCUGCUGAGAAAUUUAAAAUGUAUCCUCAUAAAAUUUCGGGAGAUCAACAACCACAACCAGAACAAGAACUACCACAACAAAUACCAAAUGAAAUUAAUAAUAACCAUUGUUCAAUUACAUUCCAUUAUCUGCCUUACACAAAAGACGCGUCGCCAAGUUCAACUCCGUAUAAUGAAGCUACUCAAGUCGAUCCUAUUACUGAAAAUGCAACUCCAGUAUUACAAACAAAUUUAUCGGAUAACUUUGAAUCUCGUUAUGUGAUUGAUGGUAAUGACAAUAUUCCACAAGAAUUUUUACAAGUUCAAGAAAAUAAACUAAUUCUACAAGAUAUAGAAACGCAACUUG